AACCAACUGUUAUGCCUUGCAUAGACUUCUCUCGUACAGAUAAACCACCCCCUGAAUGUCUCUCCUGGCAGCUACCACAUCCUCAUAUCCUCUUCUUCCCAAACCGAACCAGCCUUCUACUUCCUAUACUUCAUGGAGUUGUUGCAGACCCGUUGUGUCAACUUCAGUUCCAUCUCUCCCGAUUUCACAUCGACGGCACAACUUCAUGGCCUCCGUUGCAUUCAAUCCUUCAGGGAAUUUUGAUCUAUCACUUACUGACGAAGAUGAAGAAGAUAAAUCACAAGUUACGCCGCCAAUGCCACCAACAGAAGGGCGGUUUGAGAUAGUUGUUGAUACUGAAAACAUCCAGCGUCUUGACCUAUCUCCAUUAUUUAGAAUAAGUGGAAUCAAGUCGCUUGCAGAAGCUGACCCAAAGGAACUUCUAGAGCAAACAGUUGGUUUUACCUUAAAUUAUACAAGAGAAGACCCGUACGAUCCUCGAGAACUAUCCGAAUUCCCUGAUAUAAGACUAUGGUUUGUGAGGCUUGAUGCAACUUAUCCAUGGCUGCCCGUGGUGUUGGAUUGGCGUGCUGGAGAGCUUGCACGAUAUGCUGCUAUGGUAGUUCCUCACCAGAUGAGCAUGAGAAUGGGAGUUGUGUUCAACCCUGAGGCAUUGGAGUUGUUCGUGAUGAAAAAAGUUUUCAUUGUGUAUUCAUGGUUGAAGGAACAAAAUGUUCCAAAACCGAAGUUGAAGACAAGCGACAUGGCUAGGAUGCUUGGAUUUAGAUUUGGAGAUGAACUAUUCGAUUUAAUAGAUGCACACAGUGUUGAUCCCUCGUAACAGUCGGGAACUUGAAAUUACGUGUAACAAUAGCUACAAAAACGUUAUGUCAGAUAAAGAAGGAACUGGGUUCAACAUGUAAAACAUGAAUGAUGAUGCAACACGCAUCAUUUAUGCAAAGAAGCAACUGAAGCCCAAUAGAAAUCAAACAAACUAAUUUAUGCAACACACUAAACAUGUAUAAGUGCUGGCACUCAUUUCACGAGGAGAAUUCCUAAGGCUAAAAGAUUAUUCGAAUGUCUUACAUAAUUCUGAUUUA